AUGGCAUUCUUCAACAUCACUACUCAGGAUAGUACUCCCCUCUUGACAUACAGCCCGCCUGGCGCCUGGCAAGAUAGCCCCGCCGAUGCCCUCUCCGCCUCAUACAGCAUGUCGUCGUGGCAUGUUGCAGGCGCGCCGGAGGCGACGGCCUCGUUGACGUUUACUGGUACCGGUGCAUGGCUCUACGGCGCAAACCGUCCUGGAUAUGGACAGUACAACGUCAUCGUGGAUGGGAAUCAGGCUGUCACGGCCAGCGCUGCGGCUGACAAUGAUACAUUUGGCGUUCUACUUGGAGGUGCAGGCGGGCUGGACUAUGGAGAGCAUACGAUCAUGCUUGUCAACGCCGGUUCUGGGCCGAUCGACCUAGACCAGAUUAUUUUCGAGUCAAUGGUCGGCCAGGAAGGCGAUACCCUCUUCACCAAGACCAUGGGCGCCGAAACCGAUGGGCUCGCGUACAACGGUGCUUGGACUAAUAGUUCUGUCCUUGUCUUCACCGAUGUCGGUGGCGCACAGCUGUCAUGCAACUUCUCUGGAGACGCUAUUGCGAUCAUGGGUGCUACGUCGGUUGCCUACGGGAACUACACCGUAGAAGUCGACGGCAAUGUCCAGGCUAUGAGCGCGUCAGCGAACAUGGAGAAGUCUUUUGCACAUGAAGAGUCUCUGCUUUAUUUCUCAAACAAUCUCGGCCCUGGAAAUCAUUCCCUGAUCCUCACCGCGAACCCCGGACUGGCGAAUGAUACCGGGAAAUAUAUCGGCGUAACCAAUGUCAACGUCUUCAGCUCGCUCGCCGGCGUUAACCAGGCCAACCUCAACCCUCUGGGCACGCAGCAAACGGAGCAGCCCACGGCCACCGGUACUCUGUUGACGGAACCAACCUCGACACCCGGAACUACCAAUACAAACAGCAGCAAUAGCUCUCCAUCUUCUACGCCACCUUCGCCCAAACACUUCGAUCAACUCAUCGGUGCUAUAGCCGGUUCAAUUGGCUUCUUCAUUAUCUGCUGUCUGGCGUUCGUAUACUGGAUCUGGCGGCGGCGUGUCAAGCGUGGGGACCACGAAAAGAUGCCGGAACCGCCCAUGAGCCCGAGGAGUUUCGUGCAACGCCCUCGCAGCGACGCGACGGGUGCGUUCGGCAAGCCCACGAUUUCGCGCAAAGUGCUUGAGAAAGCCAUGGAACCUAUGCCGCCGCUCCCCGAGAAUCCGUUCGAGGACCCGGACCCGAUCCCCAACCCAUUCCGCGACCCGGAGAAGGACACGGAGAGUAUGCGCACCAUGUCGAGCUCGUGGUCGUACCACGCUCCCAAGAACGGCGCCGGACGCGCGCGUCAAUCACCGAUUCCAUCACCGUACGGCCCCUACAAGCCCCCGGGUCACAAUCCCACGGACUCUGCGUCGUCGGUCUCUUCGUCCUCGUCUACGGACGCCUUGCUCGGGCCACCGGAAGUGAACAGUUCUCGUAGGGGCGUAGCUAUGUGA